UAUAUAGGUAUAUAUAUAUAUAUUAUAUAAAUGAAUAAAAAGUGUAGACCGCUUAUCCGAUGCAUUAUAUGCACACAAGAUGGUCAAGAAGAAACUCCAAGUUUUGUUACCAAUAACAAAUGAAGUGGAAGAAUAUAUUCAGUUCACUAAAAAUAGAUGGAAUACUACUAGUGGAAUAAUAUCACGAGUCAUCGCUCUCUGUAUUUGUUGCCUGAUAAUGGCAACAUUGUCUGUAUUAGUAAUUCUAUUAGAAUGCCAUGUCUUGCUAAAUGAGGCCGGUCGUAAUGAACAAAUUAUUAAAAAAAUUGAGGAAAAUUUGGAAUCAAAUGAAGGAGAAAAGUGUUUGAAAGUAUCACGAAACAUGCGUUUUGACUGUCAUCCAGAGAAUGGUGCAUCAGAAUUAUCUUGCAUGGCACGAGGUUGUUGUUGGGAUGCAUUUAGCUCUCAACAUAACGAAAUAUAUAAAGAAAUACCUCUAGGAGUGCCUUAUUGCUUCUAUCCUCCAGAUUGGCAUUUAUAUGAAUACGAGAGAAUAAAUGAGACAAAGGAUGGAUUUGAAGGAUCACUAAGAAACAUUGCUCCAUCUUUUUACAAAAAAGAUAUCUCAGUUAUUAGAUUAAAAACAAGUGAAAUUGGCACAAAUAUUUUGAGGGUAAAGAUGGAUGAUGCUAAUAAUUCAAGAUAUGAGCCAGUGUGGCCAAUUCGAAAUACUCUUCCCAAUAAGUUUUCAAGUGAUUCAGAUUAUGAAUUUCACGUAAAUAAAUUGAAACCCGGUUUCCAAGUUGUAAGAAAAUCAACAGGAGUUGUAUUAUUUGAUUCUCUCUUUGCUGGUGGUUUUAUAUUUUCGGAUCAGUUUCUCCAGAUUAGCACUUUGCUACCAUCGCACAACAUUUAUGGUCUUGGAGAGCAUCGAACUUCUUUGAAAUUGAAUACAAAUUGGCAGACAUUUACAUUAUUCAAUAAGGAUCAGCCGCCCACCGAGCAUGCUAAUUUAUACGGUUCACAUCCUUUCUAUAUGAUUGUCGAAGAGUCUGGAGCCUGUCAUGGCGUACUUUUUCUCAAUAGUAACGCUAUGGAUAUUAUUCUCCAACCAACUCCUGGAUUAACAUUCAGAAGUAUUGGGGGUAUUUUUGAUAUAUAUUUUUUUAUCGGGCCAAAUCCAUAUGAUGUACUUGAUCAAUAUUCAAGUAUCGUAGGAAAACCAUUCAUGCCACCAUAUUGGUCUCUCGGAUUUCAUCUCUGCAGAUUAGGAUAUGGAUCAUUGGAAAAAACGCGACAAGUAUGGAACAGAACGCGAGCAGCUGGCAUUCCAUUCGAUACACAAUGGAAUGAUCUCGAUUAUAUGAAAAAUAGUAAUGAUUUUACAUACGAUAUAAAUAAAUUCAAAGGCCUGCCGCAAUUCGUCGAAGAAAUUCAUACGAUGGGAAUGCACUAUAUUCCACUCAUUGAUGCUGGAAUAUCAGCGUCAGAAGCUAAUGGCACAUAUCCUCCAUAUGAUGAAGGACUCCGCCGAGAUAUUUUUAUCAAAGAUUUUCACACAAAUGUCCCAUUUGCCGGAAAAGUAUGGAAUCGUGUAUCUACUGUGUGGCCUGACUUCACUCAUCCACAAAUUGAUGAAUACUGGUAUACCAUGAUGAAUAAUAUGCAUAAAGAAUUUCAGUACGAUGGAGCCUGGAUUGAUAUGAAUGAACCGUCAAAUUUUUAUAAUGGCCAUAUGAAUGGUUGUGUAAAAAAUGUUUUUGAUAACCCACCAUACCAACCCAAUGUAGUUGGAAACUUGCUAGCUACCAAAACUUUAUGUAUGAAUGCACAACAUGCUAGAGGGCUUCAUUAUGAUAUUCAUAAUACUUAUGGCAUGGCAGAAGCUGUAGCAUCAUACAAAGCAAUUAUUAAAAUUCGACAAAAACGUCCGUUUAUUGUAUCUCGUGCUACUUGGAUUGGUCAUGGCCAUUACUCCGCCCAUUGGACCGGAGAUGUAUAUUCAAGUUGGCAUGAUCUUCGAAUGAGCAUACCAGAAAUUCUGCAAUUCAGUCUCUUACAAAUACCGAUGAUUGGCGCCGACAUAUGUGGUUUUGAUGGAAAUACCACAGUAGAAUUGUGUAACCGAUGGAUGCAAGUCGGUGCAUUUUAUCCCUUUUCACGUAAUCACAAUUCAGAUGAUACAAUUGAGCAAGAUCCAGUGGCACUGGGUGCUUUGGUUGUAAGAUCGUCGAAAAAAGCAUUGAUGAUAAAAUAUAGACUGUUGCCUUAUCUUUAUACAUUAUUUUUUAAAGCUCAUUCCUUCGGAUCGCCUGUCAUAAGUCCCUUAUUUUUUUCAUUUUGGGAGGACAAGAAUACACUGGAUAUAGAUAGUCAAUUUUUAUGGGGCGACGGAUUAAUGAUUGUGCCAGUUCUCGAGGAAGGGAAAAUACAAGUGCAGGCAUACCUACCAAAAGGCAUUUGGUACAAUUAUUACAAUAAUACUGGCACCGUCUCCAAUGGACAAUGGUUCCUUGUAGAUGCUCCUUUGGAUACUAUCCCCCUAUUUAUUCGUGAUGGAGUCAUCAUACCAGCUCAAACUCCCGGUCAAACAACUACCCAAAGCCGAAAAAAUAAAUUUCAAUUAAUUAUUACAAUUGCUCAGCAGUUGAAAAAAAAAUCUUCUGGUUCAUUAUAUUGGGAUGACGGUGAUAGCUUAGAUUCUGUGGAAACUCAUAAUUACCUUUAUCAAGAUUUUGAGGUUGUUGAUGGUAACAAGUUGAAAAAUGUAUGGUCAACAAAUUUUGGCCCAUUUAAUAUUAAAGAAGCAAUGAUUCUAGGAGAAAUUGAAGUUAUGGGAUUAGUCCAUGAUGUUACACGUGUUGUUGUUAAUGGAGAGCCAAUUGUUACAUUUACUUACGAUAAAUCUCGAAAAUAUUUAAUUAUAAAGAACUUGCAGAUUGAUCUGACCAAAAAAUUUGAAAUCACUUGGUAGGAAUAUAUUCACGUACUAAUUUAUAUAAGUAAGUUUUCAAUGUUUGUUUCCCCUACCUACUGCCUAUGAACACAUCCUCAAAGGUCAGAAGAAAUGAAAAUUCCAUUCAAUUUUCUCACAAAUUACAUUUUAUUACACACUACAUUCUCAAUAUUCAUGGCACCGUAGAAGAAGCAGUAAUAAUUAAUAAACAUUUUCUUUUUCUCUAUUAAUGGCUAUCAUAUAUAUAUAUAUAUAUAUAUAUAUAUAUAUUUCAACUCAAAAGCCUUAUAGUUUUUAUCUUUGGCGUGAAAACUGAAAAAAAGCAAGUAGCAAGUUUUCGUCAUACUCAAGUCCAAUAUUAACCUGAAUGACCUCGAUCUUUAUUCAAUAUACAACCACCGUUUCAUUUACAUGAGACCUUUUCUUGUCGUGUGGAUUUUGAACAGAAGCAUUGUUGUUGGUAUAUUCUUUUUCAUCUCCACUAAAUAUGUGAAUAAUUCGUUGUAAUAAUAUAGCCAUCUGACAAUAACUAUAGGAUAAUAUUAAUUUUCAGAUUAUGCAGUUUAUACAAUGCUAGAAAUUUCAACUGACUCAAAUGAACAAACAAACAAUUAGUUUAUAGUAAUAAUAAAAUUGUGAUUAUUGUCUGGUCACAUUAUUUUAUCGCUAUCUAAUCAUCUUCAUGUGGUUGUUAAGCAACAAAUUUUCAUCAUUCAUUCAUCUCAUUGAGGAAUUUCUUAUAUAAAUUAUAUAUUGUAAUAACAAUACUAUUAAAGUAAUGAA